UCAUACGCCGCAUUAGUAUUAGUUUUAUAUCACCCAUUCUAUUUUCUACACCUUAGAGAGAUGUUUCCCAGCUCGAGUUGCACCAAUUUUAAACCGACCCGUUGAACGACGGUUCACCGAUUUCAAUCCUUUCUAAACCAAAGCUAUUUUGAAAUUCCUAAAAAUUCAAAAGGUUUAGGAAAUUCGCAAAAGAAAUUAGGGAAAGAAAUGUUAGAAUUGAAAUCGAUCUCAAAAAUUCCUCCCAAAAUCAUCUCUAAUUUUUUGUUAAUUUGCCUAGCGUGGCAUCUGAUCAUACUUGAGCUAGGCUCCACUGUAUCAGCCAUCAGGAAAGAUGUGAGCCUUCAGGAGAAUCGUCAUUGCAGAACUACAGUUCAAGGAAGAUACUUACUCUCUGACGAUAAUGGUCAUGUAUGUGAUGCACUCUCAGUUGAUCCAAAGUCCAGAUGCUGUCCUAUCAGAGGAGAGCAAUUCUCUUGUCAUGGCUGCAACCUUGUUUCACAAUGCUGUAACUCUUAUGAAUAUUGUGUUUCGUGCUGCCUCAAUCCAGCUCGGACACAAAAGGAUCUGGUGUUGAAGCUUAAGAUAGCAAAGCCAGUAAGUGCAGGAACCUAUUCAAGCAUUUUUGAUUAUUGUGCUGGGAGGUGUCGCCAUAAUUCAGAGAGUGUAGUCCAUGAGAAUGCGUAUCUAAGUGAUUUUCAUCAUUGUUUCUCUCUACCAUCUAAUUCUUCUGGGGAUUCAGACGUGCAAAUAGAAGCAAGACUGGUUGGCAUAAAGAUCAUUGCCGGAAGGCAAGGGGAAUCAUGUGACUCAGUAUGCAAGUCAAAUGGACAAUCUUGUGUGCCCAACAAGUUAGCUUUACUUAACCAGUGCCAGAUCAUGCAGAAGUACUUUAGCUGCAAAGGAUCAUGUUUGGCAAGUAUUGGAGCUGAUCAACCUGCUGAAGUAGUUGAUGAUGCUCCAAAUGAUCUGAACCCAGGAGCAUGCUUGUACACAGAAAAACAAUCAAUUCUUUCUUGUGAUGGUUCACAUCAGCAUACGAGGAGGCUUUGCCCCUGUGCAUAACGUGUUUGGAAAAGCAAUGAGACAAAGUAUGUGACUCAUUCGUCCAGAGGUGUUAAGAAGACACAAACAAAUUGGUGACUUGUGGUGGAGCAGGAACAAUCUGAUCAGGUAUUUUCUUAGUUUCGGUACUAUUGGUUGAUAGCUUGAUAGUUGAUACUUAGCUAAUUUGUUUAAUAUUUUAUUACUGGGGAAUUCUUACCUGAGAAAUAAAUAAAGAAGAUCAUUUCAUGCAAGGAAAUAAUGACCAAGUGUAAGUGCAAUGAAAAUUUGAUUUGUUUGACGAAUAAAAAUUUUGAGAAAAAAAAAAAACUAACAUGGAGACAAAUAUUCAAUUAAGCUUAAGAAAUCAGAAUGCUAAUUGAGUGGGAUUUUAAUAUUUGUGUAAAAAAAAUAUAAUUUAAAAGAAGAAAAUCAUGGAGAAUUUGUCCAAAUCAGCAUUUACGGAACUAAAGUAUAAUAAGGCGCUUUCUUAUGCACACAAACAUAGAGAGAAAAUCACUCAAGGAGAAGGUAUUACAUGCUUCAUGUGCAUCACGUGACAUGGUACGUGAUGUACUAGUAUUAAAUUGUCAAAUAAUAGCGAUGAAUCAUGUAUUGUCUUCUACCUCCUAGACAAAAUAUAAGCAGCUAAAGUACAAUUAUCUAGUGAUAAAUUAUUAGUAUUAGUGCACCAUGUGACAAUGUCAAGUGGUGCAUCCGGAGUAUCCAAUCUUAUUCUGUAAAUACGGUAAACCAAAGAACAGCAGAUGAAUAAUUUCCAUAUAAAUCUUAUCCUAUGAUAGUCUCCUCUGAACGAGAAGGAAGUGUAUUAAGAAACCUACUACUAUGUGAUUAUCUUAGUAAGAAGGUAAAUAAAAUUAAGAAGUCAUGAAAACCUACAAAAAGAAGGAGAAUGAAAAGCCAUCCAAAUCAGCUCCAUGAUAAUGUUAUUGUAAAAUAGAAGUAACUAAUGUAUCAAUUUGUCUAACCAUAAGGGAAAAUAUAUUGUUUCCUUAGUUUCCUAAAUUGGAGGGUGGAUGAGCUUGACAUGCAAUUGAGCAAUUACAAAAAAAAAAAAAAAA